UUCAAAAUUUUUCCAAUAUCCAAAGAAUGAAAUAGAGUGCUAAGAAAUGAGGUACGAUUCCUUAUCCUUAAAAACACCAAAAAAUGAAGAGCAAGAGGUACCAGCAGAGAGCAUCGUUGAUGAUUCUGACAAUGGAGCCUUUGGUAUUAUGGAUGAAUUCAAUGGCAUCUUGGGUAUUGAAGCUGAAGAAAAGUCUUCAAAUGAUGAUAAUACAUACGGGUUACUGAGUUUUGAUUGCAUGGAUUGGGAGGAACCACCAAAUGACGAUCAUAGAGAAGAAGAAGAAGAAGAAGAAGAAGAUAGCCUUUUUUAUAGCAUAAAGAGAGAGAUCACUGCCGUUGGAUUAUUGGACGGUGACGAUGAUCAUAACAGAGUCUCUCUGAACUUGAACUUGAAUUAUCAAGAGGUUUUGGAUGCAUGGUCUGAUCGAGGUCCUCUUUGGGCUAAUCACUCUUCUCUUUCUUCCUUUCCAAACAAUGCCUGUUAUGUUAGUAUGGGAGAGGUGGCAGUGAUCGAAGAAGAGAAAACAAGAAGAGAAGCAAGUGUUAUGAGGUACAAAGAGAAGCGACAGACUAGAUUGUUCUCUAAGAAGAUAAGGUAUCAAGUUCGCAAACUCAAUGCAGAUAAAAGACCUAGACUCAAGGGUAGAUUUGUGAAGAGAAUUUGUUGAAAGGAUACAUGAAGUGGGGAUAAAAUAUCUGGAGAAAUAUCUUAGAAAAUAUCUAAGAGAAGAUUGGAAGAUAGGAAAAUAUCUUUCCACAGGAAACUUACGACAGUUUCUGGGUAGCUGUUAUGUAGCUUUCUAGUGUGGACCAAAUGAGCUCUAUGACAUAUCAAAACUAACUGUUUAGUGUAAAUGGUUAGAUGUGGAAUUGAGCGUCAUGCUGAUGUGCUUGGACCCUCAAAUUCUAUUAUAUUUUCCUUUCCCUAUAUAUAUAUAUGAGAAAUUAACUAAUUACUAUUUACGUUUUUUUAGCAAAA